AUGGCCGAAGAAUUUCCCUUAACUGAUGAGAAACUGGACGAAUUGUUCGUUAAGGAUAUUGACAGUGUAACCAGAAUUGUUGAGAAGCUGCCUAAAAAUGACACCAUUUUAGCCACAUGCACACGCUGGUUUCAAAUCUUUCAACACGCAACUCAUGAUGAAAAGUUGGCACGCAAUUUUAUGUUGCUGUUGAUGCAUAAACAGCUUAAUGAUAGGAACACCCUGUGCUAUCCAUUUACCGAUGCACGCAGCUGUCAGAGGGACUUAAGGACACUGCAUAAGAUGAGCAUGAGGCUGGCAAAGGGAGACAGCAUUGAUGAUGACGCCUGUGAGACUUGUGGCAGCAUAGAGUAUAGUACACCAUCCUCUGAAGCAACCUGCACUACCAAUCCCCGCUCACACUUGGAGGAUGAUAACCAGCAUUUGAUUCAGCUCAAUUCCUCAUUGGCCAGAGAGUUACAGGCGUUACAGUCCGAAAAGGAACAAUUGUUGCAGCGCCGCCAACUCUGUCUGGCAAAUAUAAAGACCCUACACGACUGUAGCAUAAUGUAUCAAAAAGAGAUUAGCUAUAUCAAAAAUAUAUUUUUCUGCUCAGCCAUAACGGCACUCAAGAUGUUUGCCAAUGCGAAACCUUCAAUCACCGACCGUCCACAAUACUUUAUCACAUUAUUUAAUGUAUUGUGUGAAAAUGAACAGGACAGGCAACAGAUUAAACAAUUGGAUGAGAUGUUUGGACAUCUGCUACGUGAACAUAUAGAUCACAAUACGCGUGAAACGAUGUGCCAACAAAUGAGCUUGGAAUUCGAUUCACUACGCGCUAAAGUCAGCAAGCAGUACAAGAGUAUUAUAGAAAAUCAACAGACUAUUCUGUUGCAGGAGCUGCGACUCUCGGGUAUGAAAGAUCUGAUGCUGUUGAAAAAGCUCUUCAUGGACAGUUUCAAAGGUGACGAGCUUGUGAAAUGCAAAGUGAUUAAAUUUUUACAAAGAGAAUACGAUGGAUUGGACAAAGAUUAAUGUGGUGUUAGUUGUUGAUGUUAGUUUAUAUUUUAUUUUCUUACCUAGGUAUUAAACGUUCGCAUUGUAACAUUUGUUCGAAAUUUAAGAUUUGAUCUGCAAUAAAAUUGUUGAAUAUUAGCAUUAAUAACA